CAACUAGUCGACCAACAAUGGCGUACGUGCUUUCCCAUGGCGCGGUUCUUUGUGCAGACACACGCGGGGCUAUGUCUAAGCCAAUGAAGCUUGACAAGAAGAGUAGGGAGACUGCGAUAUCAACUCCUAGAACAGGUUCUCUCAAACCCUCUCGAAAAACCCAGAAGCUGAAUUUGGAGGUUUCCCCACAUAGAGCUGUGUCUGCGGUGAGAUUGAUGAGAAUAGAGUUUGGUGGUGCUUUUGCUGAUCUGUUGAACGAGAAGGGAAAAGGUUCUGGUGAUAAUGAGAUGAGAUACGUUGAAAGAACCCUUGGGUUUUGCACCCGGGAUUUGGAGGAUCGGGAUCUUAGACUGGUUACAGACAUUGUUGGAGGCACUAUUCGGUGGAGAAGAUAUAUUGAUCAUUUAAUUUGUGCCCUCUGCCAUAACGAGAAAACAUUCAGAAGCAUGGAACCUCUUCUUUUGCAGAUUCUUCGAAUUGGCUUCUUUGAGAUUGUCAAGCUAGAAAUGCCAGCAUAUGCUGUUGUGGAUGAGAAUGUGAGACUCGCGAAGGUUGCCCUGAGGCCUGGUGCUGGUAACAUGGUUAAUGGAAUCCUUCGGAAGCUUGUCUUGCUUAAGGAGAACGACUCCCUUCCUCUACCCAAAUUGGAAGGUGCUGGACGCGCACAAGCACGUGUUCUCGCUACUCUUUAUUCUCAUCCUGUUUGGAUGGUAAGGAGAUGGACAAAGAAUCUUGGACAAGAGGAAGCUAUUAAAUUGAUGAUGUGGAACAAUAGUGAUCCCACUUUCAGCUUGAGGGCAAACAUCGGGAAAGAUUUUACCAGAGCUGACCUUGUGAAGCAGCUUAAUUCGUUGAAGGUGCCUUAUGAGCUGUCGUUGCAUUUAAAUGAUUUUUGCCGCAUCAAGACUGGGUUGCAGACUAUCAUACAAGCUGGAUUGCUGAAAGAUGGUUUGUGCGCAGUCCAAGAUGAGAGUGCAGGUCUGGUAGUUUCUAUCGUGGAUCCUCAACCUGGUGAGAGCAUUCUUGAUUGUUGUGCUGCUCCAGGAGGAAAGACUCUGUAUAUGGCUUCCUGUUUGAGUCAGAAAGGCAUGGUAUAUGCAAAUGAUAUAAACAAAGCCCGAUUACGAAUUCUAAAAGAGGCAGCCAAGUCCCAUGGGGUUGAUGGUGUAGUCACUACCAUACAUGCUGAUCUUUGUGUCUUUGCUGUAAAUAAUCCGGUGAAGUUUGACAAAGUUCUACUGGAUGCUCCAUGUUCUGGACAAGGUGUUCUCUCAAAGAGAGCUGACUUACGUUGGAAUAAGAGGUUAGAGGAUUUAGAUGAACUCAAGAAUUUACAGGAUGAGCUCUUUGAUGCGGCUUCUAGAUCGGUAAAGCCUGGAGGAGUUUUAGUAUACAGUACUUGCUCCAUAGAUCCUGAAGAGAAUGAAGAUAGGGUAGACUCGUUUCUUCUCAAGCAUCCGGAGUUCCGAGUAGAUUCUGUGGAGAGUUUUGUUCCACCCAGUUUUGUAACGUCGCGUGGUUUCUAUUUCUCUGAUCCGGUAAAACAUUCACAAGACGGGGCCUUUGCAGCUCGUCUAGUUCGAUCCUUGUGAAGAAAUGAGUAGCAGUCGGGCUAUGAAAUUGAUGGUCACUGCAACAGAAAAUUCACAUUCGUUUACACAAUGAUUCCAACCUGCAAUGUCUGAUCACCAAGACUUGCAAAUGAUGCUGAAGAAAUCAGGUGAUAGUUGCUUGAACCCGUCAUGUGCAAGUAUGCUGCAAAGAACAAACCCUACUUGAACCCACCAUGGGAAUCAGAUCCAGAUGAUGAUGAUUGAUUUCCAACUGAUUCCACUGUUGAGAGAGAUGACAUUGGAUGCUCGAGGAACCUCAAGAGUGAUGCUUCUGAUUCAAUAAUGCUAGGCAACAACUCUCUAAAAUGUGUGCAUACAUAUGACAGUACGAGCUGUAGAUGAAGUUGAUUGUAACAAUUUUGUGGUUAGUUUUCUUUUUCCUGGUGGGUUUUGAGAGUUAUAUGGUAAUGCUAUAAUUUUGCCAUUAAUGUCAAUGAACUAUGUAUGUUGACAACAUCAAGGAAAUGGGAUUGAUUCCCCACGUCACUCUUCACCUUGUUUGGUUUAUAGAAGCGAGAGUUAAGUGGGAUGAAGAA